GCUUCAACUGGCAACCAGUGUAUAUAUAAAAUAGGUGUUACAUGAGUUCAUGAGCUGCUAUUUGUCACCAGACAACAUCCUUUUUAUUUUGGACCAGGUGAAUUCUCUGAACUGCCUUCAAAGGGAGCCCUACAUAAAGUGCAUUACAUCCAGUUGGAAUGUUAUCAAAGCAUAAGCAGCUGUGGUCAGGCUCUGUCUAUCCAGAUAUGGCUGUAGUUGUAUUUGCCACAGCUGAAAAAAGGCACUCCUAUUUACUGAGGCCACCUGGGAGUCCAAUGAUAGUUUGGGUCCAGAAGCACCCCCAAGCUGCAGACCCUCUCCUUUAGGGGAAGUGUGGCCCAUGCAAGACAGAGCAAUAUCUACCCAACCUGUCAGACAGAUGGUCAAGCCACAGCAUUUCUGCCCUGUCUGGGCUGAGUUUCAGUUUAUCGGACCUUGUCCAGCCCAUUAUCAAACUCAGACACCAGUUCCACAUAGAGACCACCUUGCCUGGAUUAGAUGUAAGAAAGAGAUGUAAGAGGCAUAUUGCUGACACCUCAGCCCAAACCUCUGGAUGACCUCUUCCAGCCAUUUCAUGUACAUGAAAUGGUGUAAUUGCUAUGAGGCAAAGUAACUAUCUCCAGCAGCACCUUUUGGACACUGUCAGCCAGUGAGAAGCAGAACUAGUGCAAGGCUGUGCCUGCACCCCCUAACCCAGCCAACCUCUCCAGAAGGAUGCAAUGGUCAAUGGUGCUGAAAGCCACUGAGAGGUCUAGAAGAAUCAACAGGGUCACACACCAUCUGUCUUUCUCCCAGCAAAGGUCAUUGUACAGAUUAACCAAGGCAGUCUCCAUCCCAAACCCCAACUUGACACCCAAUUGAAAUGGGUCCAGAUAAUCUGUCUCCUGCAAGAGUGCUUGGAGCCACCCAGCCAUCACCCACUCUAACACCUGGCUCAAAAAGGGAAUGUUCACUAUUGUUCAGUAGUUGGCAACUAUCCCUGGAUCCAGGUUUGGCUUUUUGUCAUUUCAGUAGGUUUGCUACAAUUCCCCAGUGUUCUUUCCCUUACUGGGUCCAACAGGGUCCUCUCUGUUAGGGACUCUGUGCACUGUGUUCAUCAAAGUGGCAAUGUUGAGUUGAGAAGGAACUGAAGCAAGAUAGAGGAGGAGUAGAAGCAAUGGGUAGGUUGGAGAGUGGGUAUUGGCUGAAAAGUAGGAGGAAAAUUUUGAUGACAGUUCAACCAAUUAUCUGGAAUCUUGUUGGGCUUUCUGUUUCAAGAGCUAUCCAAACAGAGGCUGGACAGCAUCUGUUAAGGGUACUGCAGCUCUGAAUUUCCUUCUUCAAGAAGGUGAUUAGAUUAAAAGCCUAUAAUCCCACUCUGUGGAAUGUAACAUAACAAGCAGCCUUACCCAGCCUUAUCCAUCUAGCCCAAUAUCAUUUAACAUGACUAGCAACAUUUCUCCAUCAAAUCAGGCGUGAGUUUUUCUAACACUAUCAAGGAUUACUACUAAGGAUUAAACUUGGUACCUUGUAAAGUAUGUGCUCUGAAGUAUGGAGAGAGCUACAACCUCUAUGGAGUCAUGUGUAAAUGAAGAACUGGAGUGUUCUUCCCAACGCCCAUGAUGAUUCACACUUUCAACAUGGAAUCAUUCCCCCUAUUGGUAGUUUGGGCAUCCUGUUUGUGUAUACACCCUACAUGGCAAAGUGCAGAGGGGGAUAGAACCAAAGUAGAUUUCUACAGAUGGGAAAAGUCCUGCUUUAAAAAUAUUUCCCUCACUCAAAAACUGCCAAGGUCAAAGACUGCACAAUACCUUCAUAUAUCAAACAGCAGCAACAUAUAGGUGUGAGCCUUUGCCUACCUGAACUGGCAUUUAGCCUCGGACGUGUUGUGAGACAUGCAGCUACCACAGACCUUUACUUUGUUGAACUGAAAUACAUCUCAUGGGAGUGUGUGGCGUCAGAGGUUUGGAGUUUCUUUGUCAUGCAUUUACCAAUUCAUCAGAAUUAUUCCUUCAGUUCUAGGAUCACUGUUUCAUCUGUCAACACAGUGGUAGACAAAUAUGCCAACACAUUUUUAGUGUAGGAAGGGGGACAUUCUUAUACCAUUUUUCUUUGAACUCCCACAUAAUCUUUGAGUGCUGCCUAUAGACUCUAAUGUUGCUUAGAUCCUAUAAGUUCUCCUUUGUAUAGAUUAUGCAUAUGAUUACACUGUUGAAAAAUGCCACUUGGUCCUAGUGAUUUUUAAAGUUAGACCUCUCGACUCUUGGUGUAGCAAUAUGAUCAUUUGUUACUGGUUGGUCCCUGGUCUAGUGCUAAUCUGAAGUGCUUUAUGAGGAACUCCAAAUACAGUGAAAAACAAGUGCCUAUGGAAAAUGUUCAUAACCUAUACCAGUCAUGCUGUUGUUUUCUAUGGGACAAAUGAAACUGCACAGACUACAUAACUACAUUUUCUGGUAAAAGAAUUAUUUGAAAAUAACAGAAUAAAACAUUAUUGCACUGGCAAGUCUAGUGGGAUUCAGAUGUCAAAGAAAUCUGCAUUUCUAGGAUUUACAAGGAGAUGAGGCAUGACCUGCAAAAGCAGGAAAUGGGUUAAUGCCACUGAGCUCUGGCUCCACCUUGUUUCCAUCCACUGCUGCUGGCUGUCUGCCUUUGAGAUGGUGUUUAUGCACACCCAGACAUACAGUGCCACACAGCAUGAGAUGAUGGUAGUGAGAUGGAUCUGUAGUACGUGUUACUGAAUGGGGCACAUGAAGCACGCAAAGCCCACUUUCUGAAUUAUUGGUGUCUGUGUAUACUAUAAGUCUUGGUCUCCUGGAAGUUUGAAGCCUCCUGCACAACCUGGUCUGCUUUACAGGAGCAUAUUUAGGAUAGACUAUGACAGCCAUCUGUUUUUCUGUGAAGAAGAAACUUGUCACACUAACCACUUUUCCAUUUACGUCAGAGGAAACUUUGCAGUUUGUGGCUUCUCAAGUUUUAGCCCUUCAUAAGAACAUACAUUCUAGCCAUAACAGCUGCAUAAACAGGGUACUGGAUAGUGUGAUACUUCCGGAGAGCAAGGCCAAGAUAAUUCUCCCACUUGGUUGUUUGCUGCACCAAAGCACUGUUGCCUGGAAGACCCUGCUGCAAGAAAUCCAAGCCACUAAAGAGCAGUGAAUGAAUGCAGAGUUUACUCAGGAGGAAGCCGAUUGCUACUCCAGCAGCAGGAAGCCCACAGCCAGACACACAGAGCAGCCAAGCCCCAGGCCUUGGUGUCAGGCCUCCAGAUGCAGACACCCCUAUAGCUGUCAUGGUGUGUGAUUUCCCUUCUGGGCAUGCUGAGCCGAUACUCAGGAUGGGCGAGCAGUUGACCUUGCUGUCUGAAGAUGGUGAAUUGCGGAAAGUGGAGUCAGUCACAACUGGCAAACAGUGCUACAUUCCCAGCAACCACAUAGCUGAAAUCUCUCACAGGUGGCUCUACAAGGGCAUUGACAGAGCAAAAGCAGAGGAGCUGCUGCUGCUGCCUUCCAACUGUGAAGGCUCUUUCUUGAUAAGGGAGAGUCAAACCAGGAAAGGUGGUUACUCCUUAUCUGUCAGGCACACAAAUUUUGCAUCUCCAGAUUCUGUGAAACACUAUCGCAUUAACUGCCUGGAUAAUAGCUGGCUUUAUAUCUCUCCACGCCUCACCUUCUCAAGUAUGCAGGAGCUUGUGGAUUUCUAUUCUGAAACUGGAGAAGGCUUGUGUUGCUGCUUAAGAGAGUCAUGUUUGAUUCAAGGAUCUACUUCAGGCUUCCUCCACAACGUUUCAAAACCAGUGGAAAUAAAGCCAGUUCUAAACUGGCAGGAAAUUAACAGGUCUGACUUAGUAGUAGAAGGUUCUCUACCAGAAGAUCAUCCCAUUAGCCUAGGUCUACGGGAAGCUGUCACUUCUUACCUGUUCAUCACUGAAGAUCUUCUUUCAGAGAGUACACUCAAUGCAAUGCAGAAGAGAUCCAAAACUACUUGAAGCCAGUAUUGAGAAAUAUUUCUUCAUCAUGAAGCUUGAACAAUGAGACUUUUUACAGUGAUGACUUUGGAAUGAAAUACACAAUUUUUAUAAUCUCAUACGGAGGAGCAGCCAGCACACUGAUCACUAAACAUUGAUUUUUUUAAAAGUUACUUUGGGCUUAUUUGAGGUCAACUGAAUACUUUUGUGUUUAUGUGAAUGUAUUAAUGUUGCUCUUUUGGAGUUUUCCUGCCAAUAUUCUGUAGCUGUUAUGCCAGUACACAAAAACUGAUGUUCACAAUAAAGUUAUUUUCAGUUUC